UUCACCCCACCAUAAAAUUGACUAUAUAUCAAAUUCUGAAGCCCUGUAUAUUAUUAGAACUUGUGUUUACCCAUUAAAGAAAUGCACUUUUUUUUCUCUACACAGCAUGAAUCUCAAGAUUGUUUUCUUAACUUUAAGUUGUGAAAAGUUGAGAUAAAUUUGCAUCUUUUUCUUGACACGACUUCCUAAUAAUAUUACUCUAGAACCUGUUGGAAUGAAGCUAGUGUCUUAGACCCCGGAUCUUCUCUGCAGAAUUAAGAGGAAACAUAGGCACCUAGUUAAAAAGCAUGAUCAAAGAGGUCUGUAACAAACAAAUUAUUCAUACAAAAAGAGAAGUAAACCAGGAACUAUCAUUCUGCCUACGUGAAAUUUUACACCUGCGCUGUAAGUAUCUCAACUACUGUUGCCCGGAGUGGAGACCCAAAAUAAUGGAACUGGGCACAUAGAUUGUCCUCAUGUUUGUGGGGAAACCCUCCAACUGGGAACGGGAAAGGCUAAAACUCAAAUCCGUUAAAUAGUGAAAGAGACUUGACUCUUUUGGGAAAGCCUGCUCUCAAGAGAUGUCUAAGUCUAAACACAGACAGAUUUUAGCCCUCUUUCUGACACCGAAGCGCGAUGAGACACAUUUCUCGGUACAACAUUCCAUGUGGAGAAUUCCGGUUACUAGGCGGAAAGUGCAAAAAAUUUUUUCAGGUUGGGACUUUAUCGCCUGCACACUUGAGGAGGAUCAGUCUCACACACAGCUCCUGUUCCCUGGCAUCCCCGUCCCUGUCCCUGCCCCACCGGGCACUGCGGAGGCGGCUGUCCGGGCUAUGGGGGCCGAGCGCGCCGUGAGAGGAGCCGAGCGCCGAGGGAGAAGCAGCAGCCCCGGGACGGGCGAUUCCCGGCUGGAGGGGAAGGAGGAGGGGCACGGCCACAGCCCCCGAGAUGCGCAGGGCGAAGAGCUCCUUGCAGGCGCUGCAGGCUCCCUUCAGGCUUCCCCCUCCUCGGCUGCGCUUGGGCGGGAGCCCGCGGCAAAGAGCUGGGGGAGGCGCCUCGCAACAGAUGGUUCAAGCCGGCUCCCGGCUCCUGGCGCGGCCCGCAUUGGCCAGCGGCGCGGGAAAGGGCGGGCGGGCGCACCGCAGCGGCGGCUCCGCGGCAGGAGCGCAGCGCUCACAGCCCAGCUCGUUCGCCCCUCGCCGGGUGCCGAAACCACCUCCGCCCCGGAACGUUGGUCGCCUCUCACGGCUCCAGCACGUGAGACCUACAAAGAAAAAGAAAUAGAAGCCGUUAAGCUACCUUGUUCAGAGAGAACAUUAAAUCAGCACAACAUGGCACAGCAUAGUAUUGUCCUUGGAUUAUUCAUGAUGACUGUUUUAUCACUGUUGGAUGGAAGUUCAACUUUCCUGUUAAAUCAACGCCUGAAGGGAAGAUUUCAAAGAGACCGUAGAAACAUCCGCCCAAACAUCAUCCUUGUUCUUACUGAUGAUCAGGAUGUAGAACUUGGUUCUAUGCAAGUGAUGAAUAAGACAAGACGUAUCAUGGAACAAGGAGGAGCUCAUUUCAUCAAUGCCUUUGUGACAACGCCCAUGUGCUGCCCAUCCCGCUCCUCUAUCCUCACGGGGAAGUAUGUCCACAACCACAACACUUACACUAACAAUGAGAACUGUUCUUCUCCAUCCUGGCAGGCUCAGCAUGAAAUACGCACCUUUGCAGUGUACCUGAACAAUACAGGGUACAGGACAGCUUUCUUUGGAAAGUACCUUAAUGAGUACAAUGGCUCCUAUGUGCCUCCUGGUUGGAAAGAAUGGGUUGGAUUACUUAAAAAUUCUCGAUUUUACAACUACACUCUCUGUAGAAAUGGAGUGAAGGAGAAGCAUGGAUAUGACUACUCCAGGGAUUAUCUGACUGAUCUGAUUACCAAUGACAGUAUUACCUUCUUUAGACUAUCAAAGAAGAUGUAUCCUCACAGGCCUGUACUGAUGGUUAUAAGCCAUGCUGCUCCUCAUGGUCCUGAAGAUUCAGCCCCUCAGUACUCACAACUCUUUCCUAAUGCCUCAGAACACAUUACUCCAAGUUACAAUUAUGCUCCAAACCCAGACAAGCACUGGAUAAUGAGGUAUACUGGUCCCAUGAAACCUAUACACAUGGAGUUCACUAACAUGCUACAGAGAAAGCGCCUGCAAACACUCAUGUCUGUGGAUGACUCUGUGGAGAUGAUUUACAAUAUGUUGGCUGAAACAGGAGAACUGGAAAAUACGUAUCUAAUAUACACAGCAGACCAUGGUUAUCAUAUUGGGCAGUUUGGGCUGGUGAAAGGGAAGUCCAUGCCAUAUGAGUUUGAUAUCAGAGUUCCUUUCUAUGUCCGAGGACCAAAUGUGGAGGCUGGGUCCUUGAAUCCUCAUAUUGUGUUGAAUAUUGAUCUCGCACCCACAAUUCUAGAUAUUGCUGGGUUGGAUAUUCCGUCUGAUAUGGAUGGUAAAUCCAUUCUUAAGCUGCUGGAUUCUGAGAGACCAGUAAAUAGGUUUCAUUUGAAGAAAAAGAUGAAGGUGUGGAGAGACUCGUUCCUAGUGGAAAGAGGUAAACUGCUGCAUAAAAGGGAGAAUGAGAAGGUAGAUGCCCAAGAAGAAAAUUUUCUACCCAAAUACCAGCGUGUGAAAGACCUCUGUCAGCGAGCUGAGUAUCAAACAGCUUGUGAACAACUUGGCCAGGUAUGGGUCAGAGAACCCCUUUCCAAGGACUGUAACAUGUUCUGUGGACAAAGGGGUGAAGGUAAAUGGGUCCACAUGCUAAUGUGUCUGUUGUCACACUGGCAUUACCUCAUGUCCCGGCAGCCCAGAGGGUUGUCAGGGACACUCUGUUUAACAAUACCUGGAGUGUUCAGUACAAAAAGUGAAUUUUCAUAUCCUGAUGCAAAGGUAAGUACCUGUCUAGGUCAGAAUUAGUUGAAAGAUUAAUUAGUUGAAAUAGUUGAGUCGUUGGACUUAAGUUUUGGGUACCUGCUAUUCCAUGCAUAGAGAAGUCUGAGCAGUCCCAGGGAAUCUGAAGUGUGAGAGCAGGAGACAAGAAGCACAAAUAGAGAACAGACUCAGAAGGGUGGUGAAGGACAAGAGGCAAGGACAGAGCUUAAAGAAGAGGUAAAUAAAGCUUUGAAUAUGAGAUGGAGAAUUUGAAAUUCUGCUUUGUGAGCGUGCAAGUUUGUGAAUGCAGGUCUAUUGCCACAAGAAUAUUUUUCCAAAUCUCUGUCACUGUCCUUAACCUGUAUUUGUUCCAAUAAGAGAUUACCAAGAUCAUGGAGAUGAGGCUAUUUGUUGUGUCUAAAACCUUGUUUCACAGACCACUAUGUGGAAUUUUUUUUGGCAUCACUAAUAUAUGUAAAUUCUUCUGAGAGCAAUUGGAAUAUGUGUGUUGCUAUGUUUUCUUUUUCAGUUAUUAGGGUUUGGUGUGUGUUACUUAUUUGCAUCCAACAAAGGGUGACUGUAGAAUCAGAUGAAAGAGCAGCUCAGCAUCUAUAUUCAAGGAUUUAAAAGAGAUGAGCUCUUCCCAUGUGAAAUUUAAAAGAACCAAAAUGUUUAUCUUAUUACCUAAUGGCUUCCACACAAAUUUUUUUCUUUUCAGUGUAGUUUGACCUUUCAUUUGAAGCUGGCUGGUGAGUGGAAGCUGAACCACUUUUAUCUGGUAGCCUGCAUUAAUAUGCUUUUGUGGAAGCCAAUUAUGAUACCAUCAUUGCUCUGUAGAGUAUUCCCAGCAACCCCACAGUAUCAUAACAACAGCUGCACAAAAUCUCCAUUUAAAUAAGUUGCCAAUUUUGCGUACAUUUUAUAAACAUGCAAAACCUGCAGCAGUGCUGACUGCUAUAGGGAAUCUAUGCAGUACAUGUAAAAACUCCCAAAAUUAAAAGAUAGUAAUUUUUCCUUUGGCAGGACCUGACAUAGUACAAUUAUACUGCUAACUCAUGAAGAGAAAGUUCACCACCUGCCCCAAACUUUUCAGAUAUUUUCUUCAUUAGGACAAAUGAUACGCUCCUAAAUCAAGACCUCUAGCUUGUAACAUGUCAAAAGCAGAAAGUCUUGAAAGAGAGGGGUGUUUAACACCAACCAAAACUUGGUGGAAAACCAAGACUGCUGUGCAGUCUUCAUCCCAGCUCAUAUCAAAAUUCCAAGAGAAGAACCUGACUUUCCUCCUGCAAAGCCUGGCAGAACAGCUACUCAAACCAUCACAUAAGUGGCUUUUGUAAUAUAUCCUAAAGUCUGUCAAGCUCACAUUGUGCAAAACUUUCCAGACGCCUUCUUUUAACAUUAAAGCUGUUCCAGCUGGAGAUUUCCCAGCAUCCUCAGGCCAAGUUAGUUGCUGUGCUCAUGCUUUCUGUCACCAGCUGUGCUAAGCUUGUUCUGAUGCUUCUGCUUCAUUCCUUAUCCCACUUCCCAUUGCACAACUCAUGCUACCCAGCUAUUUGCUAGCAAAGCAGAAAAGUCUGGGCUUUUUUGGUUUAAUAGACAAGUUUUUGACAGUGAAUAGAAAUCUUGUUCAAAUGUAUAUUGCAAAGGAAGAAAAAAAUCAAACCACACUUCAUAACAUGUUCUCUCCAGGCUAAACUAUCUGCUACACAUAUCCAAGACUAACUUAGAACUAUAAUAUCUAUGAAACAUGAAUCUUAAUGGCAACAGUUGUAGACUGAACAGAUGCCUUGCUCUCUUCCAGUAACACUUUUUACCUUGAACAUGCAAAUGACCCAUUACCAAAAAAAGACAUACUGUAUUUUUCUGUGUGUUAAAAACCUAUUAUUUCCUUCACCUUAUCACCAUGAAGUGGGUUUUUCAUUAGUGCAUCAGUGUCUUCUUACCAUUACAGCAAUCACAGAUAUUAAUUCAAAGUCUUCGUCUGAGGCCCCAAUCAGAAAUAAAUAGCCAUGACUUUCCCUGAAGGAGUUUUUCAUACAAGUCACUCAUUUCCCUCAGUGAGUGUCUCUCAAUUGACACUACUUCCUUUGGGAAAAAAACAGACAAUCAUAAAAGUCUUACUAUGAAAUAUUCCACUGAAACACGUAUCUUUCAGACCUGAGCCCUAAUUAAUCAUUCUGUGUCUCAGCAGCUGGUGUUUGCUGUUUUGGUUUGGGUUUUUUUGGUUGUGCCAAAGAGAUUCCAUCUUAUUUUACAGAAAAGUUUAAGUGAAACAUUGAGCUGCCAGCAAGCUUCCUUAACUGCUCUAGGAGUCCAAGUUUCUACAGGACAAUAAAGUCUUCUGUCUUUCCCAACAACCUGAGAAAAACAGGUCUUUAAUUUAUGCAGAAGCUUUCUGAACGCAGUGUUGCUGCCACAUUAGAUGGUGAGCUAUCUGGUUUAAUGGCUAGAAAUACUCUAACUUCCAGUCUAAUUGAUUGAUGAGUAGUCAGAAUACAUUUUUUUUCCUUUUAUGAAACAGUACAGUUACAGUUUAGUUACCUUUUCUCUGCUGUGGUUUGCUCUUGUGUUGUUUUCCAUAGGGCUAAUGAGGACAAAGCAACAAAAUUCAGAGACACACACAAGAUCCUACUCUGCAAGAGGUUGUUCUGUUGAUUUUGCUGGCAGCUUGUCCUACUGCUCAGAUGGUACUAGGUUCAGGGACAGACAACUUGAAUUUACCAUUUUUUUGUCUCAUACACAUUACUACUUCUCUGUCCUAGUUGACUUAAUUGGUUCAUGUCUCCUCACAACAUGUCUCCAAUCCAGGCAGUCAGACCUCUCUCUUCUCAGCUAUUUUUUUGACUGAUUAUGCCCAGUUCCUUAGUUCUUCCCAACAGGUAUUUACUUCCUUAACAUUUUAAUAUUUUUGCUGGGUUCAUCCCUUCCCCUGGUGCCUUCUUCCCAUUCAUCCAGUGGCAGAAGAUUAAGUUUGGUUUCCUCUACUUCAUGUUAUCAGUAUAUAAAUGAAGACCACAACCUGGUUUUCAUUCCCACAUGACAUGAUUCUGUUACACCGACUCAUGAUUUUUGGAGAUUCAGUCCUCUGAACUCUCAACUCAAUUUUAGUUGUCACACACUACAUACCACUCAAACCUUGAAAUUAUUAGAUAGAUGAACCAUUUAUUGACAGAAUAUUUUGGGGGCUUUUUAAUGGCAUGAACUGUAGCUGACAUGAGGCAGGCAGGACAAGCACAAUUAGCAUGCAAAUGAAGAAUCCAGGUAUUCAGCUAAUUUUAAGAUUACAGUGAUAAAAUUAGUCUUUAAUAUAAUAAUUGGGUUCUGGUAUCAAAUGGUCCCAGCUGUUGCCUAAGGCAUUGCACAAGCUAAGAAGUCAGUGCAGUCUUAGCAGAAAUUACAUUAGCUAUGAAGGAAAAAACCAGCAGCACCAAAUGGGGAAUUGAUUUGUUUGUAGCUCCAAACUGAGCCUAUAACAGCACUGAGACUGAAGCCAGUUUCCUGACCUCCAGUAGUCUUUUAACUAAAGUACACCACUACCCAUAUCAGGAUAUUUUUAAAAGCUGGGAUUUUUAUUAAAUUUUAGUGUCAAUUUCAGCAAGCUACUUGCAAUGGCCAAUACUGUAAUGACAAGGUGUUAAAAAAUCUCUAACCCAGAAAUGCAAAUUUCUUGAUUGUGAAGCAACAAUCAAAAAAAUCCCAUAAGUAAAAUAGCCUCUGAAAAUCAUAAUGGGUUAUUUCUAGUUCAAGGAGGAAAAUAGUUUUGUUAAUUACAGUUCUUUGUAAGGAAUACAAUCCUCAGAUAACAGCACUAAUAAAUCAUCAUUAUUUUAAUUUUCAUGGUUUGUUGUCUUCUAAUUUUAUCAGUUCCAGGGCUGAUAAAAUUUUUAAUGUAAUGAAGUUAUCAGCAAGUCAUUUCUUGCUGCGAUCACAGAUUAAGAAUUUGAUCCUGAAAGUUGAUCAUGUGCAACUUGUUUUGAGAUUCAGGAACUGCAAAGAUCUGCCAAAGUACCAUUGAAGUUAUCUGGACUCUGACUGGCUUGACGUAUGUCACUUAUCAGGAGAACUUAAAUUCUUUCAUAACCUCAGUAUAUCUCUGCCAGCUACAAAAGUACCAAUAAACCACUAAAGUACCAAUAAAAGAUAGACAGAUCCAAAACUUUCUUCCCAAUUAAAUAAAAAAAUUCUCUUCCAACCUCCCUGCUCAGGCAGGGUCAUUCUAGAGCACUUGGUACAGGACUGUGUCCAGCUGUUUCUGGAAUCUCUCCAGGCGUAUUCUCUACACCCUCUCUGGCCAUUAUGUUCCAGUGUUCAGUCAUCUGCACUGUAAGGAAGUUCUUCUUCGUGUUCAAGUGGAACUUCUGUGUGUCGGGUUCUGCACCUUGCUUCUUGUCCUGCUGGCAGCACCGCGCAGAGCCUGCUCCAUCCCCUGACCCCUCCCUGCAUACGCCCCCACACGUGGGUGAAUUCCCCUCUCAGCUAAGCAGCCCCAGCACCCCCUGAGCCUUUCUUCAGCAGGGAAGUGCUCCAGUCCUUUCAUCUCCACAGCCUCUGUUGGACCUGCUCCAGAAGCUUCAUGCUUCUCUUGCUCUGAGGAGCCCAGAACUGAACACAGCACUUCAGAUGUGCCUCACUAGGGCUGAGAGAGGGGCAGGAUCAGCUUAGGGAACUGACAACGCACUCCAGGACACCAUUGGCACUCUUGGCUCCCAAGACAGUGCUGACUCAUGGACAACUUAUUGUCCAGCAGGACCCCCCCAGGUCCUUCUUCACAGAGCAGAUGGUAUGCUGUGCACUAGAAAGCAAUUUAAAAUGCCAGCAGUAACAGUGUUGAAAACUUCCUAACAGUUAAGCAGAGGCUUUCACAUUUUUCUUGCAAUUCCUGCCCUUUUCCCCUAAGUUUGAAAGCAUCUUGUAGAAAUGACUUCAGCUGAUAGAGAUAUUGUAUCAACCUAGAGAAUUUGCAUUUGGACAUACAAGCAGACCAAAGAUGAGCUUGGAAUCCCAGACACAUCCAUAUGCAUGCCCAUAUCUGUUUUGGGGAAAAAAGUAGUGGUUUGAGACUUUCCUUUCCCUGCUCUCCACCCCCCACUGCUCCCCCUCCAUGUAUUCAGCAUUUGCUUCUAAUGUAGUUUCUGUACCUCUGCACUGCAGAGCUACAUUCAGCACUGGAGCCUGCUAAUGCAUACAGUGUGCCCCAAAGCAAAGUCUUUGAGAUGUUUUCAGUGUAGCAUACAGCUGCACCAAAACCUAAAGGGUUUUUUCCCGUUCAUCUGGAGGGGAAAAACGAGCAUCAAUCUCCUGAUGAGAUGAAAGAAAUAGAAAAAAUAUAGUUUUUGGCCAUACAUCAGAGUACUUGCAGUAAUUCUUAUCAUGGCUUUAAACUUGCCCUCUGUUGAAACUUCAGUUUUCAUGAAUUAAAAUAUACCUAGAACAUAGAGCUCUACUGAGUGGAAAAUGCAGUUUGUUUAUAUAUUUUCAAAAAUAAUGUUCAGAUAAAAUGGGAAAGAGCAACAGACAUUUUUACAUCUAUUUCAGUGGUGAAAGAAAGCAUUGUUUAUUCUGGUAAAGUAACUUUUAGUUCAAACCUCAGUCUGUAGGUACAUCAAUCAGUUUAUAAAAUUAAGAGAGCAAUUUAUUCUUCAGGUCUUACUUCUUUACUGUAUCUGGAUAGAUACGUACUGCUUUGCAUUUGGAGAUAGUUGUGCAAAGGUUUUAUUGUCAGUAAAUUGCUGUAAAUUAAGCUGGGUUUAUCUGCAGCAGAGCAAGGCUUGGGCUGCCCAGGCCUUGGAACACAGAUACAGCUUGGCAUCCAGGUGUCUGAGGAAAUGGGUCAUUUUAUAGGCGAGGUUCUGCCACGGUGAUAGGUAAAUGUGCUGCAACUGGCCACUUCACUUUUGACUCCUAUUAAAGUCUGAUAAUAAAAGUGCAGUGAUACUGUUUUCUUACUUUGCUGUCCUGCAAACAAUGGAGUGAAUGUCAAUGGAAAAUACACACUUUGUUGUCCUAGCCUUUGCACACCUUGCUUUGCAAACGGAAGUGGUUGAGUCUCCCUUGUAGAGUUGUAGGCUGCUAUAAAAUAUCUUCCCUGGAAGAUGCUGCUGCUUUUACUUCUGUUCUUUUAUUUGGAAAAUUCUCAAUAUUCCAAUGAGUCCUGGAGGCACAGGCUUACAGAAUUUUGUAAUAGGGAAGAAGAGGAACUCUUCUCCAGACUCAACAAGAAACUGAGUGUUUCUGAAAAACGUUUUUUAAAGCAGUAGCAACUGCUACUGUAAGGGUUUUUUUAAUGUGUCUCUAAAGCCUCUGUAGCUAGUAAAGUGUUGAUAAAUUAAGGAGUAGGUGAAAUAAUUUUGUUAUGUGCCUGGGAAGUGGGUAGAACUUCUGUGCCAAGUUGAAGGCAGCUCAACUCCCUUGCUCUUGGUACACCUCUGACAGCAGCUCUGACAAAGGAACCGUGAACAAGUUAUUUCAGGUUUUGAGUAUCAGAGUGAAUUGGAGAUCCGGGACAGUAUUUUCUCUAGUGUGAGUGCAAAAGGGAGGGGUUUCUCACUUCAGAGACAUCCAGUGCAGCUCACCCUUACAAGUCAAUCCCAAGGCUGUUGAAUGGAAAAAGCUAUGAUGAAAACCACUCAAGAUGGAGAUAAACUCAUGCAGCAGCUAAGGGUUUCCACAGCUGAUCUGACCCUUUGAAAGGUCAUUGAAGAGACAGGCACUUUUGUAGAGCAAUCCUCGAAAACGCUUCAUCCCCAGAGGUGUUCAAGGACAGGUUGGAUGGACCUCUGAACCACCUGGUGUAGUGAAAGGUGUUCCCUGUGUAUGGCAGGAUGGUCAUUUAAGGUCCCUUCCACCCCAGACCAGUAUAUGAUUCUAUCUGGAGAGCUCCCAUAAAGCUGGAAGGUUUUGGUCCCACUGUGCUGAGAGUUGUAGUAAGACUCUCAGGAUUAGGAUGUGGCUCGGAUGUCCUUGGUUUAUGCCACAGUUAAGCUUCGGAAAAUUGUCACUUGCCACUGUCAUGUUUUUAGCUGUGGUAUUGUUUUUUUUUAAAAAAAUCAUUUGUUCUGCCUCUAAGUGGCACAAUCAGAAACAAAUGCAACAGUGUUCCAAAGAGUUGCUGUUUUGUCUGAAAAUAGAAGAUUACAAAAAUCUGGUUUGUUAAGAGGUGCUUACUAUUUACUACAUUUCCUCAUUUUACUACAAGGAAUAUCUGAUAAAUUACUGGAGCUGGCCGUUAGAAAGACCACAGUUGGGACAGAUUUUCAAUGACCAAAUUUUUC